GAAGCAGAAGUUCAAGUUCUUGAGUGAGGAAGCGGCCGUGGCUGCGGCAAGAGCCGGAGCGUCCUGGAGACCAACAGGGAGAGGGGUGGUAGCCGCGGCAACAGCUGAGGCGCAGGGGUCCCGGGCGGGCAGGCUGGCUGCCCCAGCUCUGGCAAUAUCCGUGCACUCCUGCCCGGGGACAAGGCGCCCUGGCCGCAGCCCAUCAAAGAAGUAGCCUGAUUCGCCUUUUUCCCUCACUUUUCUGACUUUCGAAAAGUUUGAUUUAAAAUGACCACCAAGAUCAACUUAGACACACUUCCUGAAUAUGAGAAGAGUCAGAUCAAGAGAACUCUGGAACUAGGAACUGUCAUGACCCUAUUUAGCCUCAAGAAGUCCAACCCUGAGAGGAGAACGGUCCAGGUCAUCACAGAGACCAGGCAGGUGGCCUGGAGUAAGACAGCUGACAAGAUUGAAGGAUUCUUGGACUUAAUGGAGAUAAAAGAAAUCCGUCCAGGGAAAAACUCGAAGGACUUUGAACGUGGGAAAGCCAGUCGUCAGAAAGAAGAUUGCUGCUUUACCAUAUUUUAUGGUACCCAGUUUGUCCUCAACACACUGAGUUUAGCAGCGGACUCCAAGGAAGAUGCUAGUAAAUGGCUUUGUGGCUUGACAAUUUUGCACCAAGAAGUCCAGAGUGCCUCAACACCAGCUAUUAUCGAGAGCUGGCUAAGAAAGCAGAUUUAUUCUAUAGAUCAAACUCGGAAAAAUAGUAUCAGCUUCAGAGAACUGAAGACCAUUCUUCCUUUAGUAAACUACAAAGUUGGCAGUGCCAAGUUCCUGAAAGACAAAUUCCUGGAAAUAGGUGCUUACAAGGAUGAACUCAGCUUUGAACAGUUCCACUUAUUCUACAAAAAGAUGAUGUUUGAGCAACAGAAAUCAAUUCUUGAUGAGUUCAAAAAGGAUUCAUCUGUGUUUAUUCUGGGAAAUACAGAUCGGCCAGAUGCAUCUGCCGUUCACCUGCAUGACUUCCAGAGGUUUCUGCUUCAUGAACAGCAGGAAAUCUGGGCACAGGAUCUAAGUAAAGUAAGAGAGCGGAUGACAAAAUUUAUAGAUGACACUAUGAGAGAAACAGCUGAGCCAUUCCUGUUUGUGGAUGAGUUCCUCACUUACUUGUUUUCAAAAGAAAACAGCAUUUGGGAUGAUAAAUAUGACUCUGUUGAUAUGCAAGACAUGAAUAACCCCUUGUCUCAUUACUGGAUUUCUUCCUCUCAUAACACGUACCUCACUGGGGACCAACUUCGAAGUGAAUCUUCUACUGAAUCAUACAUUCGAUGUCUUCGAAUGGGUUGCCGGUGUAUAGAGUUGGAUUGCUGGGAUGGGCCUGAUGGGAAGCCAAUCAUCUAUCACGGUUGGACACGGACGACAAAAAUCAAGUUUGACGAUGUGGUGCAGGCCAUCAGAGACCAUGCUUUUGUCUCCUCACAGUUCCCAGUGAUCCUCUCCAUUGAAGAGCAUUGCUGUGUGGAGCAGCAACGCCAUAUAGCCAGGGUGUUUAAGGAAGUGUUUGGGGACCUCCUCCUUACAAAGCCCACCGAAGCCAGUGCCGACCAGCUGCCAUCCCCUGCCCAGCUGAAAGAAAAGAUCAUCAUCAAGCACAAGAAACUGGGUCCCAGAGGAGAUGUGGACAUCAACAUUGAAGACAAGAAAGAGGAAAAAAAGCAGCAAGGAGAAUUGUACAUGUGGGACACCAUUGAUCAGAAGUGGUAUCGCCACUAUUGUGCCAUAGCAGAUGAGAAGCUCUCCUUCAGUGAUGUUAUAGAGCAGAAUACGGAAGAGGAUUCAUCAAAGGAUGUAGCACGCACUGACCUGCAUUUUGGUGAGAAGUGGUUUCAUAAGCGGAUGGAGAAGAGGACAUGUGCUGAGAAAGUGCUACAAGAAUACUGUGCUGAAACCGGUGGCAAGGAUGGAACUUUCUUAGUCCGUGAAAGUGAGACUUUCCCCAAUGACUACACACUGUCCUUCUGGCGAUCAGGCAGAGUUCAGCACUGUCGAAUCCGGUCGACUCCUGAGGGAGGGGCCAUGAAGUAUUAUUUGACUGACAACCUCAUGUUCAACAGCAUCUAUGACUUGAUUCAACACUACCGAGAAGCCCAUCUGAGAUGUGCUGAAUUUGAGCUUCGUCUGACAGAUCCAGUGCCCAACCCCAAUCCUCAUGAAUCAAAAGCUUGGUACUAUGAUAGCCUGAGCAGAGGAGAAGCCGAAGACAUGUUGAUGAGAAUUCCCCGAGAUGGAGCCUUCCUGAUUAGGAAAAGAGAAGGGGGAGACGCAUACGCCAUUACUUUCAGAGCCAAGGGAAAAGUAAAACACUGCCGGAUUAACAAAGACGGGCGCCAUUUUGUGCUGGGGACAUCUGCGUACUUUGAAAGUUUGGUGGAGCUGGUCAGCUACUAUGAAAAGCACGCGCUCUACAGGAAGAUGAGACUGCGCUACCCUGUGACUCCAGACCUGCUGGAGCGUUACAACACUGAAAGGGACAUAAAUUCACUCUAUGAUGUCAGGAUGUAUGUGGAUCCCAGUGAAAUUAACCCCUCAACGCCUCAGAGAACCGUGAAGGCUUUAUAUGACUACAAAGCCAAGCGUGGGGAUGAACUCAGCUUCUGUCGGGGGGCCCUCAUCCACAAUGUCUCCAAGGAGCCUGGUGGCUGGUGGAAGGGUGAUUAUGGAGGAAGGAUUCAGCAAUAUUUUCCAUCUAAUUAUGUGGAGGACAUAUCAACAGUUGAUUUUGAAGAGCUGGAAAAACAGAUUAUUGAAGAUAACCCUUUAGGAUCUCUGUGCAGAGGAAUCUUGGAUCUUAACACCUAUAAUGUUGUGAAAGUACCACACGGAAAAAACCAGAAACCAUUUGUCUUCAUUCUGGAACCCAAGAAACCCAAUGAUCCUCCUGUAGAAUUUGCAACUGACAAAGUGGAAGAGCUGUUUGAGUGGUACCAGAGCAUCAGGGAAAUCACCUGGAAGAAUGCCACAGUGGAGACCAACAUGAAGUAUUGGGAGAAGAAUCAAUCAAUUGCCAUAGAACUAUCCGACUUAGUCGUCUACUGUAAACCAACAAGUAAAACCAAGGAUAAUUUAGAAAAUCCUGAUUUCAGAGAAAUUCGCUCUUUCGUGGAGACCAAGGCUGACAGCAUUGUUAGGCAGAAGCCGAUUGAUCUUUUGAAGUACAAUCAAAAGGGACUGACUCGGGUCUACCCAAAAGGCCAAAGAGUGGACUCAUCAAAUUAUGAUCCUUUUCGACUUUGGCUUUGUGGCUCUCAGAUGGUCGCUCUGAAUUUCCAGACAGCAGAUAAAUAUAUGCAGCUGAAUCAUGCUUUAUUUGCACUUAAUGGCCGGACUGGCUAUGUCCUGCAGCCUGAAAGCAUGAGGAAUGAAAACUAUGAUCCAACACCCCCAGAAUCGCAAAGGAAGAUCCUGAUGACCCUGACAGUGAAGGUCCUGGGGGCUCGCCACCUACCCAAGCUUGGCCGAAGCAUUGCCUGUCCAUUUGUAGAGGUGGAAAUUUGUGGAACUGAGUAUGAUAAUAACAAAUUCAAGACAACUGUAGUGAAUGAUAAUGGCUUGAGUCCAGUCUGGGCAUCCACUCAGGAAAAAGUGACAUUUGAAAUUUAUGACCCAAAUCUGGCAUUUCUACGUUUUGUUGUUUAUGAGGAGGAUAUGUUCAGCGAUCCCAACUUCCUGGCGCAUGCCACUUAUCCCAUUAAAGGAAUCAAAUCAGGUAAAAAUCAGAUUCCUCUUAAAAAUGGUUAUAGUGAAGAUAUUGAACUGGCCUCUCUUCUGGUUUUCUGUGAGAUGCGUCCUGUCUUGGAAAGUGAAGAAGAGCUCUAUUCUUCCUGUCGCCAGCUUCGAAGACGGCAAGAGGAGCUGAAUAACCAACUCUUUCUGUAUGACACUCAUCAGAACUUACGCAAUGCCAACAGAGAUGCCCUGGUGAAAGAAUUCAAUGUCAAUGAAAACCAGUUGCAGCUGUAUCAGGAAAAGUGCAACCGGAGAUUAAGGGAGAAGAGAGUCUGUAACAGCAAAUUCUACUCCUAGAACAUAACCUACAGUUUGGGGACG